AUUUUACUUCCUGUUUGAAAAUUGUCAUACCUUGUUUUCUUUUAGAUGACAAUGGAAGCUCAAACUGAUUGGCAGAUAGGAAAAUCACUGUCAGAUCGUAUGAAAUACAUGUUAGAUAAUCAGCUGAUGUGUGACGUCACAUUCCAUGUUGGAUCAGACAAGUCACCAAUCAAAGCCCACAAGUACAUGCUGGCGAGUGCUAGCCCUGUAUUCUACAGCAUGUUUGAAGGACCCCUAUCAGAAAAGGGUGAUGUUGAUAUUGCAGACAUUACUCCAGAAUAUUUUAUUAUGAUGUUACAGUAUAUAUACACCGAAAAAAUAGUAAUAGACGCUAAAAACAUCAAAGGGCUUCUGUAUGGAUCAGAAAAGUAUAUGUUACAAACUCUGAAAGAUAAAUGUAAUGAAUUCUUAUCUUCAAGUGUAGAUGGCGAUCACGCAUGUGUCGUAUUGCAAACAGCACAUGACUUCCACAUGAAAGAUCUGGAAGAAGAAGCACUGAAUUUUAUUUUAAAGAACGGAAGUGCUAGUUUAGAGUCCGACGAUUUCUUACAUUUAUCUGGUGACUGCCUUAAAUUGAUCUUAGCUUCUGACCAACUGUUUUGCGAUGAAACAACAGUUUACCAAAGAAUGGUACAAUGGGCGAAACUGCAAUGCGAGGAGCAAUCUAUACCGACGACUGAUGAGAACGUUAGGAAGUCUCUCGGUGAUUUGUUAUACCUCAUACGUUUCCCGUGUAUGACACCAAAAUACUUCACGAAUGAAGUUUCAUCUCAGGAAAUACUUACCGACAAGGAGAAGGUUGGAGUAUAUGAACAUUUCAACGGCAAACAAACUGAUAUUUUUAUCUCAAAGCACAGAAAAAACCAUAUUCAUAAUGAACAAUAUGAAGAAGAGAUUCCACAAUUUGAAGAAGAGAUUGAACAAUUUGAAGAAGAGAUUGAACAAUAUGAAGAAGAAAUUGAUUGGUAGGUCCGGGGACACAGUUAUCGUUCUUUGAUUUUCAAAUAGAGUCCUUAGACUGUGGACAGUGUAUUUCUUGCAAUUUUUUUUCAUACAGCUUUCAAAUUUAUUUCUUUAUAUUUUAUGCAUAAAAUAGUAAGUAAGGGGACAAAAUAAGAUGUAAAAAAAUGGGGGGCAUGAUUUUAAAGGUAAAGUAGU